AUGCAGAACUGGCUCGAGAUUUACAUGCUGAACGAGAUGUUGUUACUCUUUUCAAUUGUUAUUGCAUUUCUCGUAUUGACCAUUUUCGGGAAGCGUAAAACGUGGAUGACCACCGAUUCCUUCAUGACGGUCACCUGCGGAGUGGCUUUCAUUUUUUUUACAAAGCAAUUAUUAAAAGCUGAAACAGAGGGAGAUAUUCGAACAAUGGAUGAAAAUGUUGCAACUGUUUUUGGAAUAACCCUGCUCUGCUCGGGUUUAAGUUGGCUUAUGCAUGAGAAGUCCAAGGAUCAAAAAACUUCAGGUGUCCUUCUAGCCAUGUUAUCUUUUGCUUAUUUCUUAAAUAAGCCAAAUAACAAACCAGCUUCUAAAGAUAAGAAAAAUAUAGACUGGUCUGAACAGGCAACAAAAACAGAUUCAUAUUUACGAAUUCAAGCCAUCAUCAUGUUCCUCAUUGGAAUUAGUCUUAUAGCAUUUCCUGGGAAAGUCAUUGGAAUGGCGGUGAAUUUUCCACAUUUUACAAUAAUAAUAUUACAAAGAAAAUGCAGUGAUAUUUCUUAA